CUCACUCCUCUCUCUUUCUCUGGGCUCUCUUCCUCCCCCACUCCUAAAGAGGCAGACCUCUAUGGUGCUCUCGGUUGUUGACGGGCUUGGUGUGAUGAUCGGCUUUGGAAUCCCCUAGAUUUAAUGCGCCCUCUCAGAGACUGGUGUCACGCAUUAGACGAGGGUAGGGUUGUCAACUUGUCAUUGGUCCUGGGGGAGUGAAUUCCUCCCCCCUCCUCUCGUUCACGAGAGAGCAGCUCUAGUGAAACUUCAGAACAAGUGAAACUUCAGGAGUUGUACAGACUCACCUACUCUGGCUGAAGAUCUCAGCUCACCCUGAGGCCAUGGGAGUCACCUACGGAAAGAAAAGUGAACACCACCUCCAACUCUCUCCCACGAGAAGUACAACACCUCUGAAUGGAACAGCCUCAGCCCACUCUGGCCUGCUGUCAGAACAGGAUGGAGAGCAGGGUCAGGGUCAAUGUGCAGAGGACAAAGAGCAUGGGAAGUCAGGUGGAUCACCACCUCAGCCAGAGAGUCAGGAGGAGGAGGGCAGGGAUCUUAUCAUCCAGCCCAAGAAGCGCCUCAACCCGGUCAGAGUCUCCAAGAGCCACCAGGAGCUCCACAGGGAAUUAAGGAUGACACACAAGAGAGGUCCCUGUCUGGAGGUGAAGCCGGAGCUCCAGCGUGUUCUGGAACAGAGGAACUGGGAACAUGGGAUGAAACAGAGGAGAGAGGCAGAGGAGGAGAAGAAGAACAGGUCUCCUCUCCAACAGGAACUGUUCAAGAGGCACCAGAGGCUGGAGGAGCUGGAGAGGGAGCUAAAGGCACAACAACAACAGGAGGGCCUGCAGAGUUCCCCAGAGUUCAUCAGAGUUAAAGAGAGCCUGAGACGCACCACCAUACUGGAUGUGGGGGAGAAGGUAGUUUAAAAUGACUGACAGGAAGAUGAGUAAAGUAUGGUUAGAGUGGCAUGGGGUUGUUGGAGCAUCUACAUGAGGUGUGGAUAGAUAGGAGGGUGUGGAUACGUGACUACAUGGAGGUGUAGCAAGUGAAGGUGAAGGAAGAUUGUGUGACAUUGAGCUAUUCGAUUGGGUUGAAGUUGGUGGGAUAGUAUGCUUGGCAUAGUUCAGCUGCAUGGGAGUACAGAUAGAUGCAUGCAUGGUGCAGAUUGGUACCUGAACCUGUCCUCGGACACUUGUCUUCUCCGAAAGAGCCUACUGCCUGAAGGUAACCACCCCUUGUCCAAUUGACCUUUGAAGCACAUCUUUAUUUGUUCCAAUUAGGGAUCGACUCCCUGCUAGCCUGGUCCCAGAUCUGUUUGUUGUCUUGCAUGACAAUGACCUGGCUAUACAGCACAAACAGAUCUGGGAUGUGGCUGGCACCUCCCAUCCUCUGAGAGACUUGACGUUAGAUUAGUAAUUUGUCUCUCAUGCCUCUGACACAGAGAGAGAGAGAGAGCACCCCUUUAGCAGGGAUCUUACUGAGUUACAUACAAUGAGUGAAUGUGACGUUUGUAAUUUCAUGCCUAUCAAGUGUUCAGAUUGUGAUUGUAUUCAUUUUACAUUUACAUUUACGUCAUUUAGCAGACAUUCAUGGAAUAUGUUGAUAUACUGUAUCAGUAGAUGUAUUUCUAUAAUAAUAUUACAUUUCCUAAUGGUUUGUUUAUACGUUUACAGUAUUUUUUACCUGUCGUAAAUGUCCAGUCAUUUUAUAUAUUAUAUUAUUAGCAGUUUUACAACUGGUCUAAGACGGUUAUUUCUUAAAUAAUGGUUCCGUCCGGUCUUUCCCCGAGCCUCUCACGUACACAUUCUCUAUGCAAAUCAACAGAACAUAAAUAAUUCACCUACUGACAACAGUGAAUAAUGUUUAACACUUUAGAUGACAGUGUCCUUGGACACAUUUGUACUUUGUCAUAAAUAAAAAGGGAUAUUAAACAUGAAUAAAUAAAGUGCAUUUUAUAUUUUAUCUGGACGCAAGUGUAAGACAGCAUCCCAUUGUACCAUACUAUUAUACACACUGUGACACUCUGGCUCCAGGGACUCUGAUUGUUGAGCCAGGGUUGUUAUUUUCAUUUAGGGUGUAUUUCUA